AUGGCCGGGAGCGUUCUCUGCCCCCGGGCCGCGCGCACAGGCGGCACGAGCAGCGGGACGAGCCGGGAUCCAGGACAUCCAGGGAGGCAGGCGGGGAGCCCGCAGUGCUCCCUCCCGGCGGGCAGGAGGCGCCGCAGCGGGCGGGACGGGCGGAAAGGCAGCGCGGGGAGGGCGGGAAGCGGCGGCGGGAUGCGGGGGCGGCAGCGCGUGCAGCACCAGGAGCACCGGGAGCACCGGGAGUACCGGGAGCACCGGGAGUACCGGGAGCACCGGGAGCACCGGGAGCACCGGGAGCACCGGGAGCACCGGGAGCGGGGCCGGGCGCUGUCCGCCGCCGCUGGGGCGCUGUGCCGGGCUCUGCCGCCCCGCGCCCGGCCCGCCCCCGACACCCUGCGCCGCGCCAGGUUCGACCGGCCGCAGGCGAGCCUGGAUUUCUGGAGGCUGCUCUAUGCACUUCUGAAACAAAUCCAUGGAGGCAAAUGGACAGAGUCUGAUGCCAUAGGUAACCUGCCUUUAUGGGACCGAAGAAAUAAGGGUCACAAUAACCAAAUCGGGUUUGUAAAGUCAGCGUUGUGGUACCAUGGCUAUGACAGGCCGGAGCUCUAUCAGCUCCCUGCCGACGGCUCAGCGGGCAGUCGGGAGCUCCUGCUGGCGUUUUCCUGGAUGCUGCACAGACUUGACCUCUUGGAGCAGCUUUUGGCUCGGAACAGAGUGAGGACCGGGGAUGAAACCUCUGUGUGCACGUGUGAAGAUGAUCUGCCUAACAUCCAGAAGGGUACACCUGAAACAACACCUGAAUGUGGGCUGGAAGACAGAGUGGAUGUUCGAUACCUUCAGUGGUUAAAUGGGAGGCUGAGGUUCCAAUGGCAGAGUCUGCAUGCUCAGCACCAAGAGCAGUGCAAGCUUUUGCACAAGAUCCAUUUAUUCACUAGUGGCUCCCGUGUGGACCAGGUCCUUGGACAUUUUUCUGUCACAGAAACAGAUCUUGUUAGACAACCGGAGAACUACAAGCAGCUUUUACAGCUUCUGGAGUCUGAAACCAUGCAACUAGAAGCCUUUCUGGAGUGGAAGCAACUGGAACCAGUUUAUUGGCAGUGGAUGGAAACUGUGUUGGAUAAUAUGGCUGAAGAGGGAAAUAUGUGCAAGUCCCAGGACACUCAUGUCGAGAAAAGAAGGCUGCCAAAGCUGACCUCCUGCUGCCCCUGGGCUGACAAUCUGACUGGGCAAAUUGACAGAUUAUCCAGAGAUCUAAUGACUCUCCAAGACCAACUGCAUAAGCUUGUAGCCCACCGAAAGGCUGCGUGGUGUGAGAAGGUGAAGGCAAGAGAGGAAGAACUACAGAAGGAGGGAUUCUCUGCCACUGCUAGAAAGAUACAGGAAAGAGUUGAACUAAAACUGCUAGAUCUUACACGCCUUUGUGCUCCAAAAAAAUAUAAAAUGCACGGUUUGUACAGGCUGGUGUUGAGGAGCGAACAUCCUGCCAGCAAAAUGGGCUUUGGCCAGUGUGUAUCCAAGGAGCCUGUUUCAGCUGUCAGUGCUACAGAGGUGAUCAGAGAACUGCGGAUGAGAGAGGCCAGCCUGCAGAGAGAGCUGGAGCAGCUGCGGGAGGAGUGCCGGCACAGGCUGGAUGCAAUUGCAGAAGGGUUGGAUGGAGUGAUUUGUAUCUCCCCUUGAGGAGAUAAAGCUGGUCUGAGAAGAGCAAAGGAAUAGGCUGACAUGAUGAGAACACGUUGUGCAGCCUGGCGUGGGGGAGCGCGAGGUGAGGAACCAAAUGUAAGUUCUGAUCUUUUAGCCUGGGAAUCAUAACUUGUUAUUGCUUUGUGACUUGCACUGGGGCCAUAACCUUUGUGGCUCUCUCUGCAGCCCCUUUAUUGCCAACCUUGCCAAUUAAAUUCUGCAUUAGGCCUUGGUGGGAGUGUGCAUAAAUCUCCCUUUUAUCUUUGGGAUUCUUCUGCCAAGCACUGUGCUCUUUUACAGUGCUCAGCUGCUAGGCACAGCAUACAUUGAGGCUGUGCACUGAAGUACUAAUUGCAUUCAAUAUUUUCCAGCAAAUAGAAGAGUUCAUUAGUCAGAAAAAUCCAAGUAUUGGAGAACAUGUAAAGUACCAAGGCUUAGAGGGAUUGGAAAUAUUCAAGAAAAUAUGCUGUUUCAAUUCAGCUGGUUUGAGUAUUUGUGGCAGCUAUAAUGCAGUCAUGAUAAAGAAAAACAAAUGCCUAAUAAUAAAUAAAGCAGUGCACCAAUUUCAUUUACUGGUGUGAUGCACUUGAAAUAAUUGGGUUCUCAAAGAGAACAAACUAGAAACCCAUUCCAUCAAGUUAUGAGUCACAAUGAGAUACAUAAGUUAUGGAUCUGCUAUAGGAAAUUUCUGUGGUAUAGAAAUAUGACCUUAACUUCCAAGCUUGAGGAGUCUCCAAGUUCUGUCUCUGGAGACUUCUUCUCUUGGAACAUGCAAAUGUUUUUCCCUUGACCUUCAUUCCCUACCGUUUUCUAUUUUGCUUUCACCAAGGAAUAUUGUUAUAUUCUGGUUGUACACUUUCAGGAAUAAAUAUAUUUUAAAAAACCCA